CAUAAGAAAUACUGCGCUCACGGGACUUCCACGCUUAAGAACUCUUGAUAUAUCCUGUAAUUACAUCACAUAUGUAAAUGAUGAUACAUUAGACCCUCCACCCUUGUCUCAUCUGACAUCUCUGGAGAACCUGCAGAUCCAUAGUCAGCGUCACAAGGGACUGUCUCGUCUACCUAUCAACUUCCUUGAAGGUCUGAAAUCUUUAUUGGCAUUCAAGGCAGGGCUUCUCAAUAUUAAGAACCUGCUCCCAGAGACACUUAUUCACACACCCCGAUUGUGUUUCCUUGAUAUCAGUAAGAAUGCGUUCACAGCCCUCACGUCAAAGCUGUUUCACCCAAUCCCAAGGCUCAACAGAAUGUAUUUGUCCAAAGCCCGACUUCAGUCCUUAGAUUUCCUCAUAGGAGCAAACCUGGGUAGUCACUUUAUUGCAGGUGAGCAAGAAUGACAUAACAGUAGUCAAUGAGACAGUGUUGCGUUCUCUCCCUGGCUUGACAUACCUGGACAUGCAAGAUAAUCCUUUCACCUGUGGCUGCAGCGAUGCUUGGUUUGUCCAUUGGAUGGAGAGCGACAACCAAACACAAGUUGUUGGUGCAGGAGAAUUUACCUGCAACUAUCCUGCAGAUCUAAAGGGCACCAAGCUGUUGGAUGUUGAGCUUCAGUUCUGUACAGUACACUUAGGACUUUACUACUACAUCUCUACCACUUGUCUGGUCCUCCUCACCCUGGUAGCAUCCUUUGCCUACCACUUCCUGAAAUGACAGGUAAUUUACGGCUAUUACCUCUUCCUGGAUUUCCUCUAUGACACCAUGCAAAGGAAUAAGCUCACUCCUCAUGGCUGUCAAUACGAUGCCUUCAUCUCCUACAACACCCACGAUGAGCCCUGGGUCCUGAUGGAGCUUCUGCCAGAGCUGGAGGGAGAGCAGGGCUGGAAGCUGUGUCUCCACCACCGGGACUUCCAGCCAGGCAAACCAAUCAUAGACAACAUUAUGGAAGGCAUCUACGGAAGCCGCAAGACCAUCUGUGUGAUCAGCCGCCGCUACCUGGAGAGUGAGUGGUGCUCCCGGGAGAUCCAGGUGGCCAACUUCCGGCUCUUUGAUGAGCAGAAGGACGUCCUGAUUCUUGCGUUCCUGGAGGAGAUCCCUACCCACCAGCUGUCACCCUACGACAUGAUGAGGAAGCUAGUGAAGAGACUCACAUACCUGAGCUGGCCCAGAGCUGGGGAGCAAACCGGGGUCUUCUGGCAGCAACUACGGCUGGCUUUAGAGACCAAGGACGGCCCUGCUGAGGAAAAUCCCAUCCUCUCUGAGGUGCAGGCUCUGUGAUAGUGAAACCUUGAUUUGAAACAACCAUCACACUCUGAACCUUUUCUGUAUAUUUGUAGUAGAGUUAAAAUGGUUAUUCCAUCAAACUUCAAAUGAUUAGAAUAGUACACAACGCAGAACAGCAGAACAGAAGAACCAGGUUGAGGGUCAGUGGCCAAAGCCCGCGAACAGGAAUAUUCCAAGUUCAGACAGAAGGGGGAGUCAGAUACUUUUGGUGUCUAUUUUUAAUUGUUGCACUACUGGUGCUACCUGUUGAUGUUAGGUAGGCAGCUACAGUAGCUGAAUGAUGUUAACAUCUUUGGGUUUUGUUUCAUUAAAUGUAUUUUAUUUGAUCUGGGUGCUUGCGACACCUACUAACACCCUGGUACUACCCGUAGCUCCCGUUCUCCUCAGUCCGAAAAUACCCUGAGAGAAAGGUAUGUGUUGCAGAUUACUCCUUUGUAGAAGUCCAUAACGUGAAAUAAAUAAAAUAUCCCAAGGUUAAUGCUGUAGAUAUUGUUAUAAGGGAGUGUGAGACUAUUGAAACAUGUAACUUUAAGAGUUUUAUUGUUGUUAUUAAUAUAGUUUACAGAGUGCUAAAAGUGCUGCAGUGUUUUUGUACAUGAGUUGUUGUAUUUUGGUACUGUCAACACUGAAAGCACCCAGCAGUGUAUUGGGGAUGUGAGACAGGAUAUGUGUUUUACCUUCAUGCUCCUGUGUAGAACAACUUGUCAGAUGGUGCAUUG